AAAAAGCGAAACAGGAAAAAGAAUGCCAAAUCAGGUCCUCCAAAGCAGACUGACCCUCCAACGAUAGCAAUCAAAGACCUGUACCCUGAGGGGAAUUAUCCCGUCGGUCAGCUGAUGGAGCACCCUGGAGUUGAUGAAAACACAGCUAUUUACCGGACGACAAACGCCGAGAAAAAGGCACUGGAUGCGGCAAACAUUGAAUGGUACAACGACUUCCGUCUGGCCGCUGAGGCUCACCGACAGACCCGUCAGUACAUGCAAUCGUACAUCAAACCAGGCAUGACAAUGAUCGAGAUUUGCGAGCGACUUGAGGAAACUUCACGAAAGCUGAUCGGCGAACAUGGGCUCGAUGCUGGUCUUGCUUUUCCCACUGGCUGUUCACUGAAUCACUGCGCUGCUCACUACACCCCCAAUGCCGGCGAUACCACUGUUCUUCAGUACGAUGAUGUGUGCAAAAUUGACUUUGGCACUCACAUCAACGGCCACAUCAUUGACUGCGCUUUCACGCUCACCUUUGAUCCUAAGUACGAUGAGCUACUGAAGGCGGUGAAGGAUGCUACCAACACUGGAAUUAAAACCGCUGGCAUUGACGUUCGCCUCUGUGACGUCGGAAAGGCUAUUCAAGAGGUGAUGGAGUCGUAUGAGCUUGAAAUUAAUGGAAAGACGUACCCCAUCAAGUCAAUUCGCAAUUUGAAUGGUCACUCAAUUGGCUCCUAUCGCAUUCAUGCUGGAAAAACUGUGCCGAUCGUUAAAGGUGGCGAGGAGACGAAGAUGGAGGAAAACGAAGUGUUUGCAAUUGAAACUUUCGGCUCAACUGGUCGCGGCUUCGUCAAUGACGACAUGGAAACUUCACACUACAUGAAAAACUACAAUGAUUCUCACUCAUUGCUGCGUUUAGCUGGCUCAAAGAAGCUGCUGAACGUAAUCAACCAGAACUUUGGCACUCUUGCCUUCUGUCGUCGUUGGCUGGAUCGUCUCGGGCAGAGUCGCUAUUUGCUGUCACUGAAGGACCUGUGUGACAAGGGCGUCAUUGACCCCUACCCGCCGCUGUGUGAUGUCAAGGGCUGCUACACUGCCCAGUAUGAGCACACCAUCAUCCUCCGCCCCACCUACAAGGAGGUGGUCAGUCGUGGCGAGGACUACUAG